UCUGAUAUGGGUGAUGAAAUAGUUAGUCAUAAUGAUGAUAUUCAAGAAAGUAAUUUAAGUUGUGUUGGAAUAGCUAAAAGAAGAUUGCUUGAAAUGCUCAUAAUACCUGAUGCUGCUUUUGAAAAGGCCUUAGGGUUAUGUGUCAGAAUGAAAUUUGCUUAUUGGAACCAUGCAUAUUUG